CGGAUUAAAAAAAUAUUUAGACGGAUCUUCUAUGGUUUUUCCAUGUUAUUCGCCGUCCAAAAUCCUCGCUUAAUUCAUCAAAAACAACUUUUGGCACAUCAUCAAUCUUUAAUUUCAAUGCUCUAUACAAACAAGCAUCCGACAUGCACUAAAAGAUCAAGCAACAUCCAGCUCAAGCGAUUUUUGUGUGUACUGGUGUGGAUGGAUGCUGCUGCUGCUGCCAGUUAAGAGCUGCUUGAAGUGCGGUGCUCUGUGAUUCUUCCUGCUAUUUUUAAGCUCUUUCAGCAAAUCUGUUGAAGAAUGUCGUUUGUUGUGGGAUUAAUAAUUGGAAUUACAGCUGGGUUAGCACUUGUUAUUGGGUUUGCUCGAUCCCAAAAUGCUCGAUCCAACCGUCGUUCUGCACUUGCAACAACGGUUGCUGCACUUGCAAGGAUGACUCGUGAAGAUUCAACAAAGUUACUUGCCCCAGAGUAUUAUCCUUCUUGGGUUGUUUUCUCACAGAGACAGAAGUUGAGUUUGACUUGGCUAAAUGCUCAUCUUACAAAAAUCUGGCCCUAUGUUGACGAGGCAGCUUCUGAGCUUAUAAAGGCUAAUGUUGAGCCAAUUCUUGAGCAAUAUAGACCAAUUGUACUGUCUUCCUUGAGAUUCUCCAAGCUCACUCUUGGCACCGUCGCACCGCAAUUUACAGGAGUUUCCAUUGUUGAAGAUGGAAGUGAUGGAAUAACUCUGGAGUUGGAGAUGAACUGGGAUGGGAAUCCUAAUAUAAUACUUGAUGUCAAGACUAGACUUGGUGUGGGAUUGCCUGUGCAGGUGAAUAAUAUUGCAUUCACUGGGGUUUUUAGGUUGAUUUUCAAGCCGCUAGUUAAUGAAUUUCCUUGCUUUGGCGCUGUGUCAUUUUCUUUGAGACAGAAGAAAAAGAUGGAUUUUACUCUGAAAGUAGUUGGUGGUGACAUAUCUGCUAUUCCUGGUGUUGCUGAUGCUCUUGAGAGUACCAUACAUGAUGCUGUUGAGGAUUCAAUCACAUGGCCAGUUCGAAAAGUUAUUCCCAUUCUCCCUGGUGAUUACAGCGACCUUGAACUAAAGCCCAUGGGGACAUUGGAGGUGAAGCUUAUACAAGCACAAGGUCUGAUUAAUAAAGAUCUUAUUGGGAAAUCUGAUCCUUUUGCCAAGUUGUAUAUACGCCCCUUGCGUAGUAGAAUGAGAACCAGCAAAGUUAUUGAUAACGACUUGAAUCCAGUUUGGAAUGAACAUUUCGAGUUUGUAGUUGAAGAUACAUCUACCCAACACUUGACAGUAAAAAUAUAUGAUGAUGAUGGGCUUCAAGCUUCAGAACUCCUUGGAUGUGCUCAAGUAAAGCUGAAUGAAGUCGAGCCCGGUAAAGUGAAGGAUAUGUGGUUAAAAUUGGUAAAGGAUUUGGAUAUCCAUAGAGACAAUAAAGACAGAGGGAAGGUGCACUUGGAGAUAUUAUAUUGUCCAUAUGGCAUGGAAAAUGGGUUCACCAACCCGUUUAGUUCCAACUUUUCAAUGACAUCUCUGGAAAAGGUUCUCAAAGAUGGUUCGGGUGUUGAAAAUGGUGAUCUAGCCAAGAACAAAAAAAGAACAGUAAUUAUUAGAGGAGUGCUAUCCGUCACAGUUAUAUCUGCUGAAGACUUGCCGCCUGCAGAUAUAAUGGGCAAAGCUGAUCCUUUCGUGGUGCUCACUAUGAAGAAAACUGGAACCAAAAACAAGACAAGGGUUGUAAAUGAGAAUUUGAAUCCAAUUUGGAAUCAGACUUUUGACUUUGUUGUUGAGGAUGGUUUGCACGAUAUGCUUAUCGCAGAAGUAUGGGACCAUGACACGUUCGGGAAGGACUUCAUGGGGAGAUGCAUUAUGACACUAACAAGAGUGAUAUUAGAAGGGGAAUACAAAGACAGUUUUGUAGUUGAUGUUGCCAAAUCUGGAAAACUUACCUUAAAUCUCAAAUGGUUAGCCCAGCCAAUUUAUCGCAAUCCUUAACAUUUUUGAAAGAGCUUCUGAAUGAUUUCAAGAUGUUCCGGUUAUCAACUACAGUCGACAUGCGUACGGCCUUGAUGGUGUGAAU